GUGGCGCCCGCGGCCCCGCCCGCCGGCGCCGGGGUAGUUAAGGCGUCGGCGGCGGUCCGCACUCACAGCGCCGCGGCACGGCCUGGCGAGUGGAGCUUUCUGUGGCCGCUGCGCGACCCCGCCUCCCGCUGCCUCGACCACCAUGCCGCGCUCUUUCCUGGUCAGGAAGCCCUCCGUGCCUCGCAGGAAGCCCAACUACAGCGAGCUGCAAGAUUCGUGUCUGGAACUGGCCUUCCAGCAGCCCUACGACCAGGCCCACCUGCUAGCAGCCAUCCCGCCGCCCGAGGUGCUCAACCCCACGGCCUCCCUGCCCACGCUCAUCUGGGACUCUCUCCUGGCGCCCCAAGGCCAGCCCGUGGGCUGGGCCUCCCUCCGGCUGCAGGAGAGCCCCAGGGUGGGCGAGCUGACCUCCCUGUCGGACGAGGACAGCGGGAAGGGCUCCCAGCCGCCCAGCCCACCCUCGCCGGCCCCCUCCUCCUUCUCCUCCACCUCCCUCUCGUCCCUGGAGGCCGAGGCCUACGCGGCCUUCCCGGGCUUGGGCCAACUGCCCCAGCAGCUGGCGCAGCUCCCGGGGGCCAAGGACCCCCAGGCCCGCAAGGCCUUCCAUUGCAAGUACUGCAGCAAGGAGUACGUCAGCCUGGGCGCCCUGAAGAUGCACCUCCGCAGCCACACCCUGCCCUGCGUGUGCCCGACCUGCGGCAAGGCCUUCUCCCGGCCCUGGCUGCUGCAGGGCCACGUGCGCACGCACACCGGACGCAGGAGCCGGGAGCUGAUGGAGCUGGAGCCAGCGCUCCGGGAGGGAUGAGGGCUCCGCAAGCCACGGCUCCCUCCGCCGGCCGAACCUCAGCACCGCGCCUACCUUGCUUUCUGCCGAGGGGCGCCCGUUCCCAAGCACAGCACCUGUUAGCCCCACGUGCACGGAAGAGCUCGCUGGCUGUCUAAUAAGUGAGAAAUGCGACCUUGACGUGAACAAGGCUACGCCCCCCAGAAACACCGACAGCCUUUCAGUGUCUCUGGGACUGUGUGUUCUUGUUUGGGGUAGGCGUGUGAAAGAGUGCUUGGAGAAUGAGGGUCGGGUCCUCUCUAAGACUUACUUACUUGGCAAGCACUUACUGAGCACUUGCUGUAUACUCAGCCCCACGUCCCAGUCCUAACCCAGCCUUGGCCAGGCAGGGGUGGGUCAGGGCUGCAGAAUCUUGGGAGUCCAGGCCCUGGACUAGGCUGACUGGGGUCAGAGCGGGAGACCUGGGGUUACUGUGGUGCAGUAGGUGCUGGGAGGGAGGCGGGUGGCCGCAGGGCCAGAGGAGAGGCCUCGCCCGCCUGGGGCGGGGUGGGCAGCCCCUUAACAGGCUGUUAAGACAAAGUGAACCCGAGUGACCUCUGGACGGAUGGCUCCCGCGGUUAAAGUCAGGGGGCGCUGCAGUCCUGGGUGACCCUCAGCCUGCCCCUUCACCCGUGCCUCAGUUUUCCCGUCUCUAAGAUGGAACAGCAGUAGCCUCCAUCAGCCCAGCCCCGUGCUGGCUGAGCACGUGAACUGAUGCGGAUUAGUACUUAACCCUGCCCCUGUGUGUGUGUGCUUGGGGGGAUGAGUGGCCCCAUUGUACAGAUGAGAAAGUGGAGGGUCGGAGAAGCCAGACAGCUUGCUCAAGGUUGCACAGUGCGGAGGACGCAGAACUCCCGGUCAGAUCCAGGCCUUUAGGUACCAGCUGCGUGUCUGGCCCGGGCCUGGUCUUCCCGGGGUCACGGGGUUCUUGCCGGCUUGGCAUUCUGCCUCGAGUCUCACCAGCUCCUCCUGGCUUUCUGUCCGCAGGCGAGAAGCCCUUCUGCUGCUCACUCUGCAGCCGCGCCUUCGCCGACCGCUCCAACCUGCGCGCCCACCUGCAGACACACUCGGAGGUCAAGAAGUACCAGUGCCAGGCCUGCGCGCGGACCUUCUCCCGCAUGUCCCUGCUG